AUGACAAGUUCUUGCCCACACCACAACAUAGAGAGUUGGAUGCAAAUGCAAUCUUUCUAUGAAGGUUUGCUGGAUUCCGAGAGGAUGAUGGUAGAUGCAACAAGUGGAGAAGGACUGAUGAACAAAACAGCAGAUGAGGCUUUUACUCUCUUUGAAUCCUUGAGUGCUAACUCUCAACAAUGGAGCCACAAUAAAGGAAGAGGAGCUCCUAUGAAAGCUGUGGUCUCAGAGGUAAGUACUAAUAAUGAGAUUGCUGCAAAACUUGAUGUUAUGUGUUCUUUGCUUCAACAGGCAGUGACUGGCCCUCUAGGAAACAAAGUGGAAGUUCAAGACCAAUCUUUUGCUGAGCACAUGCUAGAACAAGCAAAUGCCCUUCAAGCAAGGAAUCCUCAAAAUGAUCCUUAUUCAAACACGUACAAUCCGGGAUGGAGAAAUCAUCCUAAUUUCAGGUGGAACAACAAUCCAAAUGUGCAACAAUCUCAAGGACCUCCCCCAGGAUUCCAAACACAACAGAGGCAAUUCCAGCAAGCUCCCCAACAAGUGCAAGAGCAAAGGGGUGAUCAAAUGGGAGAAUUGCAAGACAUGUUCAAGAAGUUCAUGGGGCAACAGAUGCAAACCAAUCAGAACCUUCAAAAUGCAGUGAACAAACUAGAAGUGCAAGUUGGGCAGAUUGCAUCCUCCAUGAGCAAUAGAGCAUCCGGAACUUUCCCAAGCCAAACGGAGGUGAAUCCAAGGCAUCAAGAGCAUGCUAAAGCAAUACACAUCUUGAGAAGUGGUAAACAAGUUGAUAAUAAGGUUGGAGAUGCCAAUGAAGAGCAAAAAGAUGGAGAAAACGUGGAGAUCAUUCAGCCACCACAUGGGCAGCCCACAGCUUCCAACAAACAGUCCAUCAAUGCUCCUGGAAAGAGCACAGGCCCUAAGGUAUCAUCUAAUGCUAAUCAAGUUCCAAUUUCAACUAAUGCUUUUAGGCCUAUUGCACCCUUUCCCAGCAGGUUAUCAAAGUCAAAGAAAGAUCAAGGCUUGGAUGAGAUAAUGGAAACAUUCAAGAAGGUGCAAAUCAACAUCCCAUUGCUCAAUGCUAUUGCUCAGAUUCCAAAGUAUGCAAAAUUUUUGAAGGAUCUAUGCACUAACAAGAGGAGAUUCAAAGAGCAUGAACAAGUUGCAUUGAGUGAAGAGGUAAGUGCAGUCUUACAAAGAAAGCUACCUCCAAAGCUAAAGGAUUCAGGUUCGUUUUCUAUACCUUGCAUUGUUGGUGAUUUCAAGAUUCCAAAAGCUUUGCUUGAUCUCGGUGCAUCCAUUAACCUUAUGCCAUAUCAUGUUUAUGAGAAACUUAACCUUGGUGAGUUGCAAGCCACAACUGUGAGCAUUCAAUUGGCAGAUAGAACUAUUCGGUACCCCAAGGGCAUUCUAGAAGGCGUUUUGGUGAACGUAGAAGGUUUAAUCUUGCCAGCUGAUUUCUUAGUCUUGGAGAUGGAAGAAGCACCAAUUCCUGACAAUGAAUUGCCCCUUAUCUUUGGCCGACCCUUCAUGGCUACUGCUAAGACCAAGAUUGAUGUAGAGCAAGGCACUCUCACCAUGACCGUUAAUGGAGAAACUGUUGCCUUCAAAGUGUUUGAUGCCCUGAAGCCAAAUGUUGUACAAGAUUGUUUUCAAAUUGAAGUAUUUGGUAAUCCAGGGAAAGAGAGAUUUGAUGGCCUUCCUUAUUCAGUAGAAUCAUGCUUGCUGAAAAGAGGAGACAAGGAGGAGCAGGGGGCAGCCCACAUGUUCAAUGCUCCAAUUCCCACACACAAGAAGGGGCUGCCCAAAUUUGGAAAUGAAGAACUGAAUGAUCUAAUGGAGUCUAAAGGUGGUAAAAAGAAUUCUAGUAGUAGUAAAUCCUUAUUCUAUGAAGCACCUCUUGGGUACAGCAUCGAAGACAUCCGACCCAACGGUGGAAUCAAGAAGUUCAGAUCUGCUGCUUACUCCAACUGCGCUCGCAAACCAUCCUGA